GGAACAGACUUGUGCCUCACUUCCUGUUUUAUGUGCCUUUGUAGCAGAGACGGUAUGGAAAUUUCAUUCCUCCAUUAUCUCUGUUGUAGCUAGCUGGUAUGCAAUGAAAUGGCGCUUGCUACUGAAGUUUAGUUAGCCCAAUUGUUUUCUAUGGCUUAAAGCUAGCUAUGUUAUAUAAGUGUUUUCUACUUAUUUAUUAUGUAUGUAAACACAUUGGUCGACAAGACGGAGCCAUGAAGGUCAGACAGCAUGGUUGUUCAGGAGAGGGUUUUAAAACCGACACUGUUGAUUGGCCAGACAGCAACGGUACCACUGAACAACGUUAGCAAGUAAGUUAGCGAGCUAGCUAAGUGUGCUGAGACUUGCGUUACAUCGACGGACUUCCAUCGCCUGUUCCAAUACGGUUCGUGACAGCACUGUAAAAACUUGCCAUAACAAACACAAGGACUGGGUCAGAUAUAAUGUUUCACCAACUUCCAUUGAGAGAUCCGACCGAUUGAACCUAUGGCAAGUUGCCCUGAACAUUGACGCCAAUACUCCGACUGACGACCUCAGAAAGUUAAUGAGGGAGCCAUCGAGGACGGACGUCAUGGUUGGUCAGGAAAGGGUGUUAACACAGUCACUGUUGAUAGGCCAGGCAGCAGUGCCACUGAAGAAUGUUGUCUGUCCAUUGAGGAGGACCAGUGCGUAAACAUUCAGCCCAGAAGCUCAGAUGAGUUAAACCACGGAGAACAGGUGAGUGAAGUGUCAGUGGGCCUGCCGGGUGAAUACAAAGAUGACAGUUGUUCCCUGAGAAUGGAGAGGAACGGGUCUGUGAAGCAGGAGACUAGAAGUGUUGCCUCCUAUAGCGAGGAAGAGAAGAAGCUGUUGGCUGCCAUGGUGUUUGAGAAGGGGGAACUGGAGCUGACUGGCUCUCUGGUGAUGGAGGUGACUGAGGAUAUACAGUGCAGUGAUGCAGACACUGCACCCAACAGGGAGGAAAGGGCUCUGUACCUAGAGGAGGAGAAAGGAGAUGAGAGACAGACAGAUGAAGGGAUUGCCCAGCAGAGAGGAAAGGGCUCUGUACCUAGAGGAGGAGAAAGGAGAUGAGAGACAGACAGAUGAAGGGAUUGCCCAGCAGAGAGGAAAGGGCUCUGUACCUAGAGGAGGAGAAAGGAGAUGAGAGACAGACAGAUGAAGGGACUGCCCAGCAGAGAGGAAAGGGCUCUGUACCUAGAGGAGGAGAAAGGAGAUGAGAGACAGACAGAUGAAGGGACUGCCCAGCAGAGAGGAAAGGGCUCUGUACCUAGAGGAGGAGAAAGGAGAUGAGAGACAGACAGAUGAAGGGACUGCCCAGCAGAGAGGAAAGGGCUCUGUACCUAGAGGAGGAGAAAGGAGAUGAGAGACAGACAGAUGAAGGGAUUGCCCAGCAGAGAGGAAAGGGCUCUGUACCUAGAGGAGGAGAAAGGAGAUGAGAGACAGACAGAUGAAGGGACUGCCCAGCAGAGAGGAGCAGCAGGCUAAUGCUGAGUGUGAACCCUCAGUGGAGCCGGAGGUAUCUUUAGAUUCUGUGAGCGAGCGCAAGAGACGGAGCGAGCGAGCCAGCCUACACUCCACGCCGACACAAGAAGCUGUGUGUGUGAUGGCCAGCCUGGGGAGCCUGUUGGGUUUGACAAACUCUGCAUGCGGUUCCACGACCUCAACAGUUAUGAGGAGCACGUCCGUUGAGAGCACUCCAAACGCUCACGGCCUCUCUGUCCUGACUGUGGCAUCCUCAUCUCAAAGUUACUCAGUGUGGAGCACCAGUGUGAACAAGUUCAAGCUGUUCUGUCUGUGGGAAGCGCUGCGUGGAUGAAGCUGACCUCAAGCAUCACCAGAGGCUUCACCAUCAAGAGCAUGUCUACUCCUGUAAGUUCUGCCUCAAGCACUUUAAGGCCAGGGAAGACAAGCGGACCCACGAGAAGGACGACCACCAGGUCAAGGUCAAAAAGUUGCACUAUAGGUGCUCCAAAUGCCCCUGGGGAUUUUACAACAUCUUGAAAUGGAACCGCCAUUUCAAAGAGACAUUUGUAGCACGUGCUACAAGGAAUUCCCCCAACUUAGCAAGCUUGAGAAGCACGAGCUGAGCCACAGUUUCAACAAAUCUUUCAGGUGUCAGGUGUGCCAGCGUUCCUUUGCCCAGGCCAGCCAGCUGAAGUCCCACCUGCGCGUCCACACUGGGGAGAGGCCCUUCCAAUGCCAGCGCUGCGACAAGAGCUUUAACCACAACGUCAGCCUCAACAACCUCGUCACACGCUAUCACCAAGGGGAGAGUGGGGAGGGAGGGAGGUGCGAGAGCGGAGGAGCAGGCGACAGUGGAACUAUGAACCUGAGGAGGAGAAGCGUCAGAAUGAGAGUGAUUCUGACUUUGACCUGGAGGAAGAAGACAGGGAGUAAAGGGAAAGGUAGUGGAGGAGGGGGGCACUGGUAGAAGCCUCUAGGAGAGAUACAGUGGGGCAAAAAAGUAUUUAGUCAGCCACCAAUUGUGCAUGUUCUCCCACUUAAAAAGAUGAGAGGCCUGUAAUUUUCAUCAUAGGUACACUUCA